AUGGACAAAAAGCAAUACUCAAAAUCAACUGCUAGUGGAUUUUCUUCAUCGUCCACAACAAAUAAACCAAAGAAAACAUCAUCAUCAUCAUCAACAGCAGCAUCAGUAUCAACAUCAACAAUGGGCAACAAGCAAUAUUCAAAAUCAACUGCUAGUGGAUCUUCUUCAUCGUCUACAACAAAUAAACCAAAGAAAACAUCAUCAUCAUCAUCAUCAACAGCAGCAUCAGUGUCAACAAUGGGCAGAAGUGCUGCGCUUCCUCAACCUGCUCGUCGAAUUAUUCAGAAUUUUCUUCUAGUCUGGCUCGAUGCCAAUGUUGACGAGUCAAAAGAAGAUUUUCAAACUUCGUUAAAACAUUUACGACGAAUUGUAGCAUCCAUUACCACAUUCACCGAUGCUCAACAAUGUUUCGAUUAUCUUAGUGGUAUUACAAAGGAAAAGGCAUUUAUGAUCGUAUCGGGUUCACUUGGACAAAAAAUAGUACCAGAAAUGGAAACCAUGCCACAAUUAGAAUCCGUAUACGUUUUUUGUGGUAAUCAAUCUUACCACGAACAAUGGGCCAAUAAGAUACCGAAGAUCAAAGGUGUAUACACAAAAAUCGAACCAAUUUGUAAAGCCUUAGAAAUUGAUCGACAACGAUGUGAUCAAGCUAUGAUCUCGAUCAGUUUCAAUGGUCUUGAUGCAUUGUUUAUGUACACACAACUUUUGAAGGAAGCAGUCUUAGAAAUCGAAGAUGACGAUGCCAAAUCGAUUAAAGAUCUCGUAGAAUACUGUCGUCUUCAAAAUGAUAUUGAUGAUGAUGAAAUUAAAAAGGUACAACGUGAAUAUCGUGAUCAUACACCGAUUUGGUGGUAUACGGCUCCUUAUUUCAUGUACUCAAUGCUUAAUCGUGGCCUUCGACAAAUGGAUGUCGACAUUAUUCUUAAAAUGGGCUUUUUCAUUCACCAUCUACAUCAACAUAUUACAGACUUACAUCGCGAACAGCAAAGUAGCAAAGCAGCCAUGCCAUCAAAAUUUCAAGUUUUUCGUGGUCAAGGCUUAUCCAUGGAAUCCUUUGAAAAAAUGAAGAAAACCAAAGGUGGACUUAUGUCGUUUAAUAAUUUCUUAUCGACAAGUCGUAAUCGUGAGAUUUCUUUCAAAACCUUUGCACGAGCGGCAGCAUUCGAUGCGGAUUCAGUUGGCAUUCUCUUCAUUAUGAACAUCGAUACGGCCAUUUGCACAGCAUCAUCGACACCUUUCGUCAACGUAAAAGAUAUUGGCUUCUUCGACGAUAAAGAAGAAGAAAUUCUUUUCUCCACUCAUACAAUUUUUCGUAUCGAUCGUAUAGAACAUAUUGAAGACAAGCAUACAGAUCGUCUCUGGCAAGUGAAUCUCACCCUCGCUGGUAAUCAAGAUGAUGAUUUUAACAAACUUACAGCACAUUUACGCAAAGAGCAUAGUUGGGCCACAGGUUGGGCUCGCCUAGGCCACAUACUUAUUAAGUUGGGUGAGCCUGCGAAAGCAGAACAACUUUAUAAGACUCUCCUCGAAACGGCGUCUUCUGAUAAGCAAAAAUCAGAUUACAAUCAUUACCUUGGUUGGUUGUAUAAUGAUAUGGGCGAAUACUCAAAAGCAAUUAUAUUUCACGAAAAAUCACUCAAAAUCAAAGAAAACGCCACUCCUCAAAAUCUUCCCGACUUGGCUGCUUCCUACAACAACAUCGGUAAUGUGUAUAAAAACAUGGGCGAGUGCUCGAAAGCACUUUCAUCGUACGAACGAUCACUUGAAAUCAAAAAAAUAGCUCUCCCUCCGAAUCAUCCCGACUUGGCUGCUUCCUACCUCAACAUCGGUUCGGUGUAUAAAAAUAUGGGCGAGUACUCGAAAGCACUUUCAUCAUAUGAACGAUCACUUGAAAUCCAAAAAAUAGCUCUCCCUCCGAAUCAUCCCGACUUGGCUACUUCCUACCUCGGCAUCGGUAAUGCGUAUAGAAACAUGGGCGAGUACUCGAAAGCACUUUCAUCGUAUGAUCGAUCACUUGAAAUCCGAAAAAUAGCUCUCCCUCCGAAUCAUCCCGACUUGGCUGGUUCCUACCUCGGCAUCGGUAAUGCGUAUGGAGACAUGGGCGAGUACUCGAAAGCACUUUCAUCGUACGAACGAUCAUUUGAUAUCCACGAGAAAGUUCUCCCUCCGAAUCAUCCCGACUUGGCUUACUCUUACAACGGUAUCGGUGCAGUGUAUUAUAACAUGGGCAAGUACUCGAAAGCACUUUCAUAUUACGAAAAGGCGCAAGACAUCUGGAAAAAAUCACUGCCUUCAAAUCAUCCACAUAUUGCACUUGUGAAAAGUAACAUUGACGAUGUGAAAAAGAAAAUAUAA